UCCUCCAAUAUAUUCCGUCCCCUCCAUCCAUGAAGUGAGCCUUUAUUAGUGGGGAUCGUUUGGAUCUUAUCUUGCACAUGACGCUCGGCGGAUGAGGAGGAAUCGGAGAAACGAGGUGGGGGGGGGGAAUUUAUCUGCGAUCUGCCUGAUUUCUCGACCUGGAAGAGUGUCGCUUAUCUUCAGCCUCUUCAUCCCCAUCUUCCACAGGCGGACGGACCAGUAGCCCUCUCUAUCAGCCCAUCUCAUCUAUUGUCUCCGCCGCUGAAAUCCAACGGAGGGCUGGCUGAUCCCUUCAUCAGCAUCAGCAUCAUCCCAAUCAGCUUUUUACAUUGUUUAGAUUUUUUUUUUUUUUUUUUUUAGAUCAUUUUUUAAAUUUCUCUGCAGAUCUCCUGAACUGAUCCCAGGAAGACUUUCUGGCUCCAGUCUGUUUGCCAUCAGUUACAUUUCCCUCAUGCUUUCUAUGAUGCUCGUGUCGCAAGUUUCCGGCAGGAAGAAGUGAAAGAAGUACUUUCUCUUUGCAUUUUUAUUUUUUAAUCAUUUCCCUGAGGCUGAGUGCACGUCUCUCUGAAAUCUGAUGCUUGGUCAGCUCGUGGAAUAUGAGUUAACUGGGAGUUUGGUUAAUUAAGCGAAGAAAGAAAUUGCUUUCCAACUCUUUUUUUCCAGGUUUUUUGAGGUGGAACGCCCGCCCACGCUCAGAGCGCAAAAAUGAUGCUGAGCCCGGAUCAGGCCGAGGCGGACCUCUCCUGGACCCAGUCCGACCCGGAGACGAUGCUCAACGGCCUCAAGUCGGCCGGCUGCACCUCGGACGAGCCGACCGAGGGCGAGGAGCAGCGGGCCAAGUGCAAAGCCGAGCAGCCGCUGAGCAGGGAGGAGAAGAGGAGGCGGCGGCGGGCCACGGCCAAGUACCGCUCCGCGCACGCCACCCGGGAGCGCAUCCGGGUGGAGGCGUUCAACGUGGCCUUCGCGGAGCUGCGCAAGCUGCUGCCCACGUUGCCCCCGGACAAGAAACUCUCCAAGAUCGAGAUCCUCAGACUGGCUAUAUGUUACAUCUCCUACCUGAACCACGUGUUGGAUGUCUGAGUGGGGGAGGAUUGGGGAGGGGGGUGUGGGAGAUUUUUACAGAACGCGCAGUAUUUUUAAGCCUUUCGCAGCUGAUGCUUUGGACAGACACGCUACACUGAAAAAAAAAAACAAAAAAAAAACACCGACAAUUUAACCAAUAAAAUGGGCUAACAAUCUAGACUGCACACACUUUAGCUGGGUAGGUUAAUUAAGUUUAACAACUAAACAAGCAUUCAUUACUUUGCAAACUAUUUUUUCAAGCUAAAUCGCUCAAAUUCAAUAUAAUCAUUCAAUUCGUUUUGCUCUGGUUUGUCUUCCAUGUUAAAGAGAAGCCAAAAAUAACUACGAUGUGCUGUUCUGUGGUGGCAAUGAUCAGUUAAAAAGUUAAGCUUGCUAGCAAGUUUGACAUCAGAUUUGGCAUUGUUGGAUAUAAAAUGACUAAAUAUAAAAAUUCUUUUAUCCACCAUGACUCCAAUGAUGGCGUUUAAUACAACCGUCCUCUGCUGGGCACCGCCGCGCAGGACGGAUGAGAAUAGAUACCAGCUAAUCAGAAGUUCUACAUUUUUUUCCUUACAAAACUUUUGUUUUGGUUCAAAUUUAACAGUUUAUAAACGUCAUAUUUGCAAACAAAUUUGCCAAAUGAAAAUUUCAACAACUUUGAUACCCUGUAAAAUCAAUUUUUACAGUGCACUUUUAAAUCCAAGGUGGAAGAUUUUACAGAUUUUUCUAGAUAUUGGAAGAUGUAAAAUCUACCAUUCAAAACCUAUGACAUAAAGCUCCCUUUUUCCCUUAUAUAUAUUUUUAAAUCUACAAAAAUAAACAGAAAUCAAUCAAAUAAAGCCACUAUGUCCUCUCAGACUUUCACAUACGUUAGUCUAAUGAAUCUGGGUUAGGCCAGGGCUGGUUGAAGCCUUUUAAGCUUUUGCUACAUUAAAAAUCACAGGCAUGAUUUUCCCCCUCAAGCUUAUAAAUAGGACCAUAUUAUUGCCUAAAAAAAAUUCUGGUGGGAAUUUAUGUAUGUUUAAGAGCUGAAAGAGAAAAAAAUUAGACUGAUUCCAUUCAAAUGUGCGUGCCCAACUAGCUAAAUUAUUGGAUUCUUUCGCUCAUCUGGUUCAUCCUCCAUGUUAACCCACCCCAAAAUAAAAAAAUAGGGCCUGGUUUUUGAGUGAGAUGUAAAAAUCAGCUGAAAUAGAAACGUUUCAGCUCUUCGCCAACAUGCUGACAUCGUUAACUUUCUUGUCUGAAAACCACGUACGCCUAAGGAUUGGGAAGCUCAGCCUGCUAGCAAGUUUGACUUUAGCAUUAGCGCCUUUGCUAAACUCGCGUAAUCUGGACACAAUUUGAAUCUCCUGCUUGAAAUAGAAUGUAAGCGUUAGCACACAUCACAUCACCAAGCAAACUGCCUAAUUGAAUUUCAAGUAUUGACAAAGCUAAUCUUUAAUACUAUCCACUAUUUUCUUCUUUUUUUUUUUACAGUGCACUAUUACCCUUCUUUCACACUGUGUCAGGCUAAGGUUGGGGGGGAGGGGUACUUUUUCACAUCAAAAUGAAGGGAUGUAAACAAGAUAGCUGCUUUAGAUCUUAUAGUUUAGAGGAUGUUUUCCAUAAAGGAAAAAAAAAAUAUUCAAUACGUCAAGUGCUACUUAUGAAUUUGUGACCUUAAUCAUUUUUAAAUUGUAUUUAUUUAUUUAUUUAUUCAUUUAUUUAUUGUUUAAUUGUUAAUAUUGCUAAUUUAUUUAUGCUGAUCACAUAGGUCUUUUUUCUGUAUAAAUGUAUAUUGUUUGUUGCUUCAAUAUAUUUUUAGGCUGUGAAAUUGAACGUGGAAAGUGAUGGUGUUUUCCUGUUUAAAAAAAAAAAAAGAAGAAGAA